GUCUACAGUUCAAGAUGGCUCUCAAAGCACUUGUCGGGCAAAAGAUUAUGAAUGAGGUGAUCCGGUAUCGGUCAAAAGGAAAGGAUAAAAUAGAAUGGCGCGUCUUGGUGGUGGACCAGCUGUCCAUGCGCAUGGUGUCCGCAUGCUGCAAGAUGCAUGACAUCUCUGCUGAGGGCAUCACCUUGGUGGAAGACAUUCAUAAGAAGAGGGAGCCGCUAUGUACGAUGGAUGGUAUCUACCUCAUCACUCCAUCUGAGAAGUCUGUGCAUGCACUCAUCAAUGACUUCUCUGUGGGCAACCGCAUCAUGUACCGUGCUGCCCAUGUGUUCUUCACCGAAGCUUGUCCUGAUGUUCGCUUUGAUGAAUUAUCACGUAGUCCUGUAGCUAAAUAUAUCAAAACAUUAAAGGAAAUCAACAUAGCAUUUAUUCCAUAUGAACAGCAGGUAUUCUCCCUGGAUUCGCCUGAGACAUUCCAAUGCAUGUACAACCCAGCGCUCGCGCAGACUCGCAACGCCAACAUGGAGCGCAUCGCCGAACAGAUUGCUACGCUCUGCGCCACCCUCGGCGAAUACCCUUCUGUGCGGUACCGCAGUGACUGGGAACGCAAUGUUGAACUCGCCCAGCUGAUCCAACAGAAACUGGAUGCUUACAAGGCUGACGAGCCGACCAUGGGCGAGGGUCCCGAGAAGGCUCGCUCCCAGCUGCUGGUGAUCGACCGCGGCUUCGACUGCGUAUCACCAUUGCUGCACGAACUGACGCUGCAAGCUAUGGCUUACGAUCUCUUGCCCAUCGAGAAUGAUGUUUACAAAUACGAUUCGUCAGGCAACAUGAAGGAGGUGUUAUUGGAUGAAAACGACGAACUGUGGGUGGAAUUGCGGCAUCAGCACAUUGCCGUCGUAUCAACUUCUGUUACUAAGAACUUGAAGAAGUUUACCGAGUCAAAGCGCAUGGGUGGAGGCGACAAGCAGUCCAUGCGCGAUCUAUCGCAGAUGAUCAAGAAAAUGCCUCAGUACCAGAAGGAGUUGUCCAAGUACGCAACACAUCUGCGUCUGGCUGAAGACUGCAUGAAGUCGUACCAGGGUUACGUUGACAAGCUGUGCAAGGUGGAACAGGACCUGGCUAUGGGCACUGAUGCUGAAGGUGAGAAGAUCAAAGAUCACAUGAGGAGCAUUGUACCUGUACUGCUUGACCAGGCAGUGAUUAACUUCAACAAGAUGCGGAUCAUCGCGCUGUACAUAAUGUCAAAGAAUGGCAUUUCAGAAGAAAACUUGAACAAGCUUGUGACACACGCCCAGUUGGAACCUUCAGACAAACAGACACUGCUGAACCUCGCUAACCUCGGCCUCAAUGUGGUGGUUGAUGGCAACAGGAAGAAACAGUAUCAAGUACCGAGGAAGGAAAGGAUCACGGAGCAAACAUACCAAAUGUCAAGAUGGACUCCCGUCAUCAAGGAUAUCAUGGAAGACGCCAUUGAGGAUAAGCUUGAUCAGCGUCACUUCCCAUUCUUGGCUGGACGCGCGCAAACUUCAGGAUACCAAGCACCCACUAGUGUGCGCUAUGGACAUUGGCACAAGGAUAAGGCUCAGCAAACUAUCAAGAAUGUGCCUCGUCUGAUUGUCUUUGUUGUUGGAGGCGUCUGUUUCUCUGAGAUCCGCUGCGCGUAUGAGGUGACUGCUGCGCUAAAGAACUGGGAAGUGAUCAUCGGCUCUUCGCACAUACUCACUCCCGACAAUUUCCUGUCCGACCUCAGCUCUCUAACCGCCUAAACACAUCUCGAGGAAAUUGCUACCGACACAUAUGAAACUUAGAAAGUUAUUGCCUAAACUUGUUUUCCGUUGUUGAAGUAACAGUUAGCAAAUCGUACAUGUUGAAAUAUACAUGGAUUGUAUGUAUUCGUUACAUAAAGCUAGCAUGGCGUAGCCACCAGUACUAUUUAUUGUGAUAUGAGCAUAUUGUAAUUUUAUGCAAUUAAUGGCUAAUCUUAAUUUAUUAUAAGGGCCACAUUAACUUUAUUUACUGCUUUUACUUAGCAACUCGUUCUGACACGUCAGAAAAGUUAUUUUCGAAUACAAAUCGUGUGUACUAUAAUAACUUAGUAUUUUAAAUAAUGUAAGAUCAAAGAAAUUGCUUAAUUUUGUUUUAACUUUCUAUUACGUUUUGUUUGUGCAACAGAAUGAUCAAAAUGUUUAUAUUGUUGACAUUAAUUUCAUAAAUUUUAAAUCAAAAACAGAAUUAUUAGUUUGUAAGUCUGAUUGUAUUAUUUUAUUGUUAUUAGGAAUGUUAAACUUUUCAAGGCAUGGGUUUGCGAACUAUUUAAUAUAGACUGAUUUAGACCACAUGCUAUUGUUAAAUUAUGGUACAUAAAAAUUUCUAUGGAGGUAAUGAUUGAAAUGGAGUAUAGACAUAGUUUCAAACUAAAAUUGUCUUCUAAAUUAUAGUAAGGUACUUACAACGUCUUUUAUCGUGUGUGUUACUAGAUGUGAAACUCGCUUCCGAAAACCAUUGUGCAGUUAAUUUAAUGCCAAAUGCUAGAAUCUUAACGAGUAUUAACCCUAGAUAUAAUUUGUUGGCAGGAUGCGAUUGUUGUUAAACCUUGCACGUUCAGUAGUCCUGUUCAUUGCACUACUGUGGAUGUCGCAUGUUGCUUUGUCGACGCACCUGAGGUAGUUCGCGACACAUUUUAUAUAUACUUUAUCUAUGAAUUCUGCGUGUUAAAAUAUCUAGAAUUGUCCGUUACGUUUACAUUCCAAACUUCUCUAUAUUGUGUAGUUGUUAGACAGUCUUAUUAGUAACUCGUGAAAUAUUGAUUUAGUAUUUACCUCUUUAACAUUUUCUGAAGUAAGUUAGGUACGUUUGACGUAUUGGUGAUUUACAAUGUAUUCAUAAGAUAACUUGUAGUAAAGGUCUAGAUAGGGGUUCAUGUUUGAAUGUCAUAAUAUCUAUCGUUGAGUCGAUAUAGUUCAUUGUUCUUGUAAAGCAAUACAAAUAUAUCCCCAAUAUCAUCUGGCCACUGUAGCCUUAAUUAAAAUACAUUUAUCAAUUUGCAUGAAUUGUGUGUUUAAGACGGAUUGUGCAAUUAUGUAGGGAAUGUUCGUAUUAAUAGCCAGUCUAAUCAUAAAUUUAAAUAUCAGUAUUUAACUGUUAACAAUUUCAUUAAAUUAUUUAAUCAUCAAUAAAAAAA